AUGGACGAAGACAACGUGCUUGAAGAAAACGGCGGUCAACUUGAAUUUUUAGGUGCAUCCUCCCGGGCCGACCGGGCUGGGCCGGGCCGGGCCGGAAAAUUUCCAAUUUUGGCCCGGCCCGGCCCGGCCCGUUGCAAGUCUGGAAUAUUCUGCGUUAGACGCUUGUUUUGCAUGAUCCAAAGAAAACGUGGACUUGCAGAUCUCUGAAACUUGAGAAAAUUUUGUCUGAAACGUGAGUUUAGGCUAACGUUUUCACUAAAACUUGUAGCUAACCUGUAGAAAUAGUAUUUCAAGAGUUUUUAUCGAUAUUGGCCGUAGUUGAGACCAGACACCUGUAAAUUAGCAAUGACAGUUGUUAUUUCCAGCCUCUCCUCCACCGAAACCAACUACCGAAGUGCCCGCUGCCAUGUGUCCACACGCCCUGGAACUUCAACUCAACGACCUCCAGCAGAUGUCGAUACGACGGGAGAAUGAGCUGAAAGCGUGUCGAGCGGAACUUGCGAGAUACAAGGAAAAAAGUGCGAAAGAUGAAGAAACGAUUCGGGCGCUUCGGCGAGAGUUGCAUAAACCGAGCGAAACACUUCCAGACGAUCGGAAGACGAUCAGUCGGCUGAUGGCGGAAAGCGAGAGGAAGAGCAGACGGAUCGAUGAAUUGGAGGAGAAGAUUGAAGAAAUGAUGGCGGCGAGUGAGGAGCAUGACGAUAUGAUCGGAGAAGAGAUGGAACUCAUGGAAAUCGAGAUCCUUUGGCAGCAGUUUCGACUGGAGGAGAACGAACAGACAAUCAACGAGCAGAAGGCCUUGAAUGAGGACCAACGCGAGCGAAUCGAGAUGUUGGGCGAGAAUUUGCAAAGUAGCAAAGAGGCGAAUGAGAAGUUGGGCGGUUGGCUCCGUGCCAGAGAUGAGCGCAUCAAGCAGCUCACUGCUCAAAAAAAGAAGUCAUGAAUGCAAAGUGAGAUUUUUAAAGACAUUGGAUGUUAUUUUCUCUAUUUUCAGAAUGAUGGAUCCCGAACACCGGAACUCGUGUUUGAGAGAGAAACCACAAGUGGAAAAAGGGGCGUGGCGAAAAAAGUUGAGGCGUUUUUCCGCAGUAAAUAUGAGCACUUUGAGCGUUCUAGCAGCAAAAUGGCUUAA